AUGUGCCUAUGUUUCUACUACGGUUCUGAUCGGAUCUUUACUCGCAGGAUGUUUCCAUUGGAUCAUUAUGAAUGGAGAAAGCCGCGUUUGCACUACGGACCGAGGAUUACUCGAGAUUACGCCCGCAGGUGGCACCCAGAUGCAGGAAUGCUGCCCAUGUUCCCGGAACCAGAGGAGCAGUACAGGGAAUUCCCGUUUGAAUACCCUCGUGAGCAGACUUUGAAACGAAAGAUGUUGAUGCCCCACUUUCAGAGGAUGGCAAUGGAGAGGCGCAUAUGGCAAGGUCAAGCGACGUUCCAGAUUUUGCCAGAGGAGGAGCUACCAAAGAGACGUGGCCGCCCGAGCAGGCCACCGAGUGCAAUUGGGGAGCCUCUGAGAGUGUUCACCGGGAAGUGUCAGUGUAAGACGUUGUCCCGGACUACCCAGGGAGACAGAUCGGUGGUGGAGUACACCGAAGACUUCAUCAGGCAAGCGAGCUGUGUAAACCGAAGACAGCAUAAAUGUGGUGCGAGUGCUGAGUUAGCCGCCGUUGCGAGGACUGAAAAGGAGGACGCUGAAGAGGACUUGGAGAUGAACGACGGUGACAUGGUGCAGAAGCCACGCAAGGUGAGGGAUUACUUGGUUGAGUUCAUGGAGACGGCAAAGAAGUGUCAACCGAAGCCUGCCGAGGAGUGGUGCCGGCUAUUCAAGGCGGGGCUCCACAGUGACAUUAGGAAUGAGCUCGCUGGUGUUCUGGAGCCUCUGGAUUUUGCAUUAGUAAAGAGGGUAGCCGGUCAGGCACUAGAUGCGGAGGAGGUAUGGGCAAGGAAGAACGCAAGAACUGAGUGUGAAUGUUCCACCGAAGACGACGAAGACCGGAGCCGGCGACGAAAGGUGGCGGUGGGGAUGGUUUAG